AUGUUCGGCUUGCCUCUCGAACAAGAGACAAUCGGCCCUACGACCGGCAAAUCAGACAGACAAGCCAAGGGCACGAUCUCCCCUCUCGCCUAUGCUCGCGGCGUCCGAGACGCAACAUAUGGACUUCCCUACCAGCCUCUCCAAGCCGAGGGCCAGGAAGUGGCCAUUGCGACUUUUACGGGAAUUUUCAGCAUCACUGCCGUUGCGUAUGCUUUGAUUGCGGCUGGGUUUGGUGGCGUUUGA